UCCGGCGGCGGCGCCGCCCAGCCCACUGUCCUCCGAGAGCGGAGCGCGUUUCCCCGCCGGGAGAUUAAAGCCGAAGCGCCGAGGGGACGCGCGCCUGCGUAGAGCCGGGCGUUGGUCGUGCGGCGCGCGUAAGGCGGCGAUCGGGCUGAUGGACCCAGGGACCGGCCUCGGGGUCGGGCCGCGGGGGGAGCGCGAAAAUGGGGAGCCCGCGGUGAAGAAGAGGCGACUGCUGUGUGCGGAGUUUGCCUCGGUGGCGAGUUGCGACGCCGCCGUGGCGCAGUGCUACCUGGCCGAGAACGACUGGGACAUGGAGAGAGCGCUGAACUCCUACUUGGAGCCGCCCGUGGAGGAGGGUGCCAUAAAAAGCUGCCCUGAGGCCUCCUCUGAGCCCAAGCUCUGUGUUGACCUAACCAGUGAAGAAACAACUGAUUCCAUUGUUUCUAAAACCAGCACUUCUGAAAAUAUUCAGCAAGAAGAUGGCAGCACAUUCUCUUUCAUUACUUGGAAUGUUGAUGGAUUGGAUCUAAACAAUCUGCAAGAGAGAGCUCGAGGGGUGUGUUCCUAUUUAGCUUUGUACAACCCAGACGUGAUAUUUCUACAAGAAGUUAUUCCCCCAUAUUGUAGCUACCUAAAGAAGAGAGCAAGUAGUUAUGAGAUUAUUACAGGUGAUGAAGAUGGAUAUUUCACAGCUAUAAUGUUGAAGAAAUCAAGAGUGAAAUUUAAAAGCCAAGAGAUCAUUCCUUUUCCAAAUACAAAAAUGAGGAGAAACCUUUUGUGUGUAUAUGCAAGUGUGUCGGGAAAUGAACUUUGCCUUAUGACGUCCCAUUUGGAGAGCACCAGAGGGCAUGCUGAGGAAAGAAUGAGUCAGUUAAAAAUGGUUUUAAAGAAAAUGCAAGAGACUCCACAGAUAGCUACAGUUAUAUUUGCAGGAGAUACAAAUUUAAGGGAUCAAGAGGUUGCCAGAUGUGGUGGUUUGCCCAGCAACAUUCUGGAUGUCUGGGAGUUUUUGGGUAAACCUAAGCAUUGCCAGUACACGUGGGAUACACAAAUGAACUCUAAUCUUGGAAUAUCGGCUACUUGUAAGCUUCGUUUUGACCGAGUAUUUUUCAGAACAGCAGCCGAAGAUGGCCACAUUGUUCCUCAAAGUUUGGACCUCCUUGGAUUGGAAAAACUGGACUGUGGUAGAUUUCCUAGUGAUCACUGGGGUCUUCUGUGCAAUUUAGAUAUAAUAUUGUGAACUGCUUUUCAAGUACGAGUUUUGAAUGUUCUGAGUAAUACUGUUCUGGAUUUUUGCAAAUAUUUCUCUCUGGAAAAGUAGGCUUAAUAUGGAGGAAUCAGUGUUGGGAGAGUGUUGUGUAUUUUCCCUGGUCCUUGUCCCGCCGCAAAAAAGAAUUGAAGGGCAGAGACACAUUAGUGAAGCAGAGUAAAAGUUUUAUUUAAAGGUACUUCAGGCGACAUCACAGGAGCACCCCGAAAAGUUGGGGGUUCCCCCUGUAAGUCCAGGGAAAGGAAAUACCGGGGCAAAAUACCUCUAAAACUGAAAUCAGUCAAAGGAAGAAAUAAAGUUUAAAAUCCAUUCAUUGCUUACAAACUGCAGUCCUGGGGCCUUCUCUCGCUUUCCUGCUCCAGCAGAAGCAAAACUGGCCCUUCUCCCCUCUCAGGUACAGAUACGCCCUCUAUUGCCGGGGUAGUUACCCACUGAUAAGAAGAACUUCUCUCCACCCCUGAGGAUCUGAAAUAACUAAAGCCAUACUUCUUUCCACCUCUGAAUGCCUAUUGAUAUGCAGAUAUACUAAAGCCAGGUGAAAUAUUCUGGAAAUAUUACAGUUUUACCCACACCCUCUUUUAAGGAUUCUUCAGAAAUGUGACUUAAGGGCUGGUUGUGCAGACCUAUUAAAUGGUUUCUGAAUAUUUAGAAUUAA